ACAAAACCGGCUUGCACAUGUUCAGUUCUGCCUGGUCUAAUAGUCUCGUGUCACGCCACUGCUAGUGACCAUUGAUCAAGAGGGUGGAGGUUUCGGCUUGAUGGUCUCUCCAUUCAGAUUCCUAUGAUGAAGUGAAGUGUGGUGUAACUCUUGGACAUUAUACAAACAUUAGCCUAUUGUUUGGCCAAGUUAACGUACUUUGAUCACGAAAAGAAGUUUUGAUUGCUGCAGUAGAAAUUUCUCUUCUACGACUAGUGCUAGAUAGUAAAAGAAAAGUUUUAAAUACACAAACACAUACACGCCUUACAAUGGAGUUGUCUUCCGUUACUCUACAUUCACUUUACAACUGGACUACUCCAAACAUCUCGUCUGCUGAACCAAGUGAUAAAGAUGGCGGAUUCCUAUUUUUGGCUAUAGCAAUUUAUUUAACAACAAUAGGGAUCAUAGCUAUUUUUGGAAACAGCCUCGUUUUGACAGUUUUACUGGGAGAUGAAAGUCUGCGCCGCAAACCUCAUAACCUUCUGUUGAUAAGUUUGGCCGUCUGUGACCUUGGAGUUUUGUUGGGUGGUUACCCUUUUACAAUCAUCUCCGGAUACAGCCAACGCUGGGUAUUUGAUGAUCUCACGUGCAAGUUUGCCGGAUUUUGGACUUUCUUUCUCUCGCUAACCAGCAUGAAUACGUUGGUGGCCGUCUGUGUCUACAGGUACAUUAUGAUAUGUGCACCAGGGAAAGCUUUUAUUUUGACCCGAUCAUUUACCCUCUACGUCAUCAUUGGGACCUGGUUCUAUGGAUUUUUCUGGACGGCUCUGCCACUUAUGGGUUGGGGCAGCUAUGGUCUUGAACCGUUUCUCAUCUCCUGUAGUUUAGACUGGGCCAACGACAACUUCUCCAAUGUGACGUACAUGGUGGCCACCAUUUUAUUCUGCUACAUUCUGCACGUGGUCGUCAUGAUCUCAUGUUACAGGAAAAUCUCCAAAACAGUGCGCGAGCUCGCAGAACGAGACCGCGAGAGAUGCAGACGUAUUGUAAGCUUUGAGGACAUGGUCCACCUGUCCAAAGUAGCAGACGAUCAGCAAGUAACGAAAAUGUGCUUCCUAGUGGUUCUCGUAUUUGUGGGCAUUUGGACCCCUUACGCUCUGGUCUGCGCAGUGCAUAUAUUUUAUUCUCUGCCUCUUGCGGCCACAGCUCUGCCAACCAUGUGUGCUAAACUGGGCUGCAUGAUCAACCCCAUGGUCUACUUCCUGUCCAACAAGGGCUUCAGAAACAAGACACUGCGAAUGCUAAGGUGGAGAAAGAGAGAAACCGCCGAUGGCUCUGUGGUUCAAAGAGAACUGCUCAAAAAGUUUGACAAGAUAACUAAAGAUGGCAUCUACUUGGGAACAGAAACAAUCAUUAUGGAGAAAUCAGAAACUAUGUUCUGAGUCAAGUGACAGCUUUCUAGAGAUUUCAAAACAAAUUGAAGCUUCAAGGCUAUGGCCACAACACCCAAUCAUGAGACUGCUACAAGGCUGUGAUCUUAAGACUCAGAACUGUGAGUCAAACAUGUGGCCAGCAGGCAGACAUCUCAGCUGGCCAUCUCACUGAAAGAUUCUAGAUUAAUUGAGACUUACACACCAAAAACUACAAUAACAAUCAUUUCCUUUACACAAAACAAUAUACUAAUAAGGAACAAAAAUGUUUUUUAAACUUUCAAGUGUAGUGUAGUGGCCUGUCCUGUACUGUGCUAUAAUAGUUUGCUCAGGCCUGGACAGCCUCCACCACGGGGAAGUGCGGUCAGGGCGCUCCCAGACUCCACAGGCUUUUUGGGAAUCAUCCCAGCACUCAAACCACUUUUCCAUUUCUGUUUUUUGAAUUAUAGCCAGAGCAUGAUAAAAAAAAUUACAGCCUGUUCAGUGGGUGGAAUUUGCCCUCCCUGGUGGGCCAAGGAGUCUGCAACAGUGUUGCCAGUCACACCUAUGUGACUUACCCACUGCAUUAUUGGGGUGCUAUAGCCUUGUUUUAUGUUGUGUGAAGCCAUGAUGACAGUGUCAAUAUUGGGAGGCCAAGCCUGUAGUACAGAUUUUGAGUCAGUGACCACAACAAUCUGUAUUGCCACAUGGUCCAAAGAUUUUGACUGAGUGAGAGAAUAAUUACAACGCAUCAUGAUAAUUAUAGUCUGGACUAGCUAUUGCAUCAUACUUUGAUGUCACUUUUAGAGGAAAUACAAAAUUAAGAACUAGACAAAGCAAGACUAAGAAACAAUUCUGCAACAUUGUUGGAAUGAUUAAUUGUACAGAUUGCUUAAUAAAAAUAAAACAACAGUUUGUAAGUUAGUUGAUUAUAACCAUUCCAAAUCAUCUAGCAAAAAGGGAAGUUAAAGUGCUUUUAUAAAUAAAUAUAUCAAUGUAGUGUUAUUCUAUUCUUAUGUAUUACUACAUUGCAGCUUGUGUACUUGUAAAAGAAAAAAAAAAGCCAUAUCAAAUUCAAUAUAUUUCUUUCGCAAGAAUACUUGAAUAAAUAAUUAUUUGUAUAUGUCCACUGAAUGUGUAUUGUAUGUAUUUGCUGUGAAACAAUGCAUAGUCAUUGCAGUCAUUGAAGUGAUUGUUAUGCACUCUGUCAGCCUAUUAUAUUUAUUUAUUAACUUUUUAGUUACAUUUAGUUGGUAAAAUAACUUCUAGAAUUUUGGCAGCAGCGGUUUAAGCAUGAUGGUGUAAAGAGUCAAUAAUUUACUGAAGAUUUUUUUUUGUAAGAACACAAGAGAUUUAGGAAUACCAAUACUGUACAUUU